AUGUUGACUUUCCCAGUGCCCCAACCAGCGCGCGCCUACUCUGAGGCCUGGCUCCUACGGGCGGCCAGCGCGGGGGCGACGCCGAACCUUCGGGGUCAAAAAAUGGACCGCUUGGACAUAAGGCAGCGGGGAGCUAGUUAGAAAUACACGCAGUCGGAUGCUGGCCCCUCCUGCAGCCCCUUUUGGUGCGCUUGGCACAGGACAGGUUCACUCUCCUACAGAUAUGGGACGCAGAAAAUCAAAACGGAAGCCACCUCCCAAGAAAAAGAUGACUGGUACCCUGGAGACCCAGUUCACCUGCCCUUUCUGCAACCACGAGAAGUCUUGUGAUGUAAAAAUGGAUCGUGCCCGAAAUACCGGAGUCAUCUCUUGUACUGUGUGCCUAGAGGAAUUCCAGACACCCAUCACUUAUCUGUCAGAACCAGUGGAUGUAUACAGUGAUUGGAUAGAUGCCUGCGAGGCAGCCAAUCAGUAACAACAAAGAAGACCCUCCCACACUAUGCAGCCCCACCUACCAGGGACCCACCCAAAGGGUACCAACCCAGAGACAUUCCAAGGUCCAUGGUGUGGGUCCAGGACUGUUGCAGCCUCUGUAUGUGUGUAGAGUGGGUGUGAAUGUGUAUGGCUGCAGGUAUGGCUUUGGGGUUUUGCUUGUGGGCAUGGGAUGGAGCUGAGGGGUUACUGGGCCCCAGGGGCCUGAACUGCCUCCCUUGGCUCCAAAAUCCUUUUACAUGCUCCUUCCUGUAGUCCCUGGCUCCUGGGGGCCUUGUCCUGAGAUCCUAGAAAGGGCAAGUCCAGAAGACUGCCCACCUCCCCAGCAACUGGUCCAUUUGAACUGGACUGCCCGCCUUCCUUUCCAUACUUCCAAGGCCUGUGGCCUAGGGUUCAAAGCCACAGUCCUGUGAGCUCCCUCACAGGGUAACCCUGUUCAUUUUAGUUGCUUUGUAGAGGAGGGAGGGACUGGGUCAUGGACGACUGUGUGUCACAAGCCCUUAAAUAAAGCAGCAAGGGAACUCCUGAAUGGCUAUGGUUUCCUUGGUUCUGGGUCAGGCGCAGUGGCUUAUUGAAAGCAGAAGGUGUUCAGAGGCAAUCUAGUAGACCAUCGGAGG